GCGGCGGGUUCCUGCUUCCGUCUCCGCACCGCCCGGUCCCGUCGCUCUCCCCUCCCCCGCCCCGCCGCGCCCCGCACCCUCGGCCACGGCAGCGCGGGCCCCGCCAGCGGCGCCGGCACUCGGAGAAUUACCUAAGCUUCAAAAUGAAGGCAAGGAAGAAGAGUCUCCAAAGGUUAUUAAUUUGAACAAUAAUUGUUGCUGUUACUAGUUUCACUGGCUGCUGGACUAGUAGGAUUACUUGAUAACCUCCAAGCCGAUGAUCCAGUUGUAUUUAUUUCCUGCUGUCAUGGAGAGGGUGGAACUUAGAAAUUCCUAUGACGUGGUUACCUGAAAUACUAGGACGUGGGAUUUCACUGAAAAAAAUCUUGCCUAUGUGACCUAGUUCAGUUUAUGAAGAUGGUAUUUCAUUAAUCAAAUAAUACAAUAUAAGCGAAGAAUGAUGGGAUAUUAAUGCUUUCUGUGUACAGCCCCAUAAGGAUCUUCUCUAAGGAGCUGCAGUAAGAUAAACACUGAGAAUUUUUCUCCAGUACAAUGUGGUGAAGCAGAGGAACUGAAAUUGUCCUCUUUUGUACAGGCUAAGGACUUAAAAUGUUUGCUGUUUUGUGAGCAGAAGCAGCUCUGGAGUGAAUUGAACUUCUGAAAAUGCGGCCAUGGACUGGUUCCUGGCGUUGGAUUAUGCUCAUCCUCUUUGCUUGGGGAACUUUACUCUUUUAUAUUGGAGGACACUUGGUACGAGACAGUGAGCACCCAGAUCAUUCUAGUCGUGAAUUAUCCAAGAUACUUGCUAAACUUGAACGAUUAAAGCAGCAAAAUGAAGACUUGAGGCGGAUGGCAGAAUCUCUCAGGAUACCAGAUGGUCCCAUUGAUCAGGGACCAGCUGCAGGAAAGGUACAUGCUUUAGAGGAGCAACUUCUAAAGGCCAAAGAACAGAUAGAAAACUUUAAGAAGCGGACAGGAAAUGGAGGCCUUGGAAAAGACCAUGAAAUUUUGAGGAGGAAGAUUGAAAAUGGGGCUAAGGAACUUUGGUUUUUUCUCCAGAGUGAACUGAAGAAGUUGAAAAAUCUAGAAGGAAGUGAACUGCAAAGACGCAUUGAUGAAUUUCUGUCUGAUUUGGGUCAUCAGGGAAGGUCAAUAAUGACUGACUUGUACUACCUCAGUCAAACAGAUGGAGCAGGAGACUGGCGAGAAAAAGAGGCCAAAGAUCUAACAGAUUUGGUACAGAGAAGAAUAACCUACCUACAGAAUCCGAAGGAUUGCAGCAAAGCUAAGAAACUUGUGUGUAACAUCAACAAAGGCUGUGGCUAUGGCUGCCAGCUGCACCAUGUGGUCUAUUGCUUCAUGAUUGCGUACGGCACCCAGCGAACACUCAUUCUGGAGUCUCAGAAUUGGCGCUAUGCUACCGGUGGCUGGGAGACUGUGUUUAGGCCUGUAAGUGAGACGUGUACUGACAGAUCAGGUACCACCACUGGACACUGGUCAGGUGAGGCUAAUGAUAAGGAUGUUCAGGUGGUGGAACUUCCCAUUGUUGACAGCUUACACCCACGGCCACCCUAUUUACCAUUGGCUGUCCCCGAAGACCUGGCUGAUAGGCUGAUUCGUGUCCAUGGGGAUCCUGCAGUGUGGUGGGUCUCGCAGUUUGUGAAAUACUUGAUUCGUCCACAGCCUUGGUUAGAAAAAGAAAUAGAGGAAGCCACAAGGAAACUUGGUUUCAAACAUCCAGUGAUCGGGAUUCACGUCCGAAGGACAGACAAAGUAGGAACAGAGGCAGCAUUUCAUCCCAUUGAAGAAUAUAUGGUACAUGUUGAAGAGCGAUUUGAACUUCUUGCUCGCAGAAUGCAUGUUGAUAAAAAAAGAGUGUACUUGGCUACAGAUGACCCUUCAUUGUUGCAAGAGGCAAAAUCCAAGUAUCCCAAUUAUGAAUUCAUCAGUGAUAACUCCAUAUCCUGGUCAGCAGGACUUCAUAACCGAUACACUGAAAACUCCCUCAGAGGUGUUAUUCUGGAUAUCCACUUCUUGUCUCAGGCAGACUUCCUGGUCUGUACAUUUUCAUCCCAGGUUUGUCGAGUUGCCUAUGAAAUAAUGCAGACAUUGCAUCCCGAUGCUUCAGCGUAUUUCCAUUCUUUGGAUGAUAUCUACUACUUUGGGGGACAGAAUGCCCACAACCAGAUUGCUAUUUAUGCUCAUCAUCCACGAACUGCUGAUGAAAUUCCUAUGGAGCCUGGAGAUAUAAUUGGAGUAGCUGGAAACCACUGGGAUGGUUAUUCAAAAGGCAUCAACAGGAAAUUAGGAAGAACAGGCCUGUACCCGUCCUAUAAAGUUAAGGAGAAGAUUGAGACAGUCAAGUAUCCUACAUACCCAGAGGCUGACAAGUAGAUUAAAAGGAAGACAUUCGACAGUAAUUCUCAAUUUUGAGUGUUCAGAACCAGUCAACAAACUUACGGUUUAUAUGGGAUUUGAAUUUGCAUUUUAACAUGCAGUUAAAAUCAAAACCUUUAGCAAUGAAACUGGAAAAGAAGCUGAGAACUAAUGGAUGGGCUAUUAUCUGAACAUACUCUUAAACAUUUUUUGUUAUAUGCACUCUCACACAUGCACACACAAAACCACAUGCAACAGGAAAACUCUUGUUUUAUACUCUUUCUCUUUCCAGGAUUUGUCCCAGUCAUAAGUCUUACGUGAGCUUUGAGCUCUUUUCUCUGCCAUUACUUGACAAUAAUGUUCAGACUUAGAACACUGCCACAUUGUGUAAUUUGAGUGACAUGAACAUAUUUUGUAUGUGCAAAAUUUAAAACAUGGUGCCUAUCUUUGAAAAAAUUGUGACCUUUUUAGAAGAGCCAUGUCUAUUUCACAAUGGGCAAGAGUCAAUCUUCAACUGGUGUUAUCAUGACCACUGAACUUGCUUCAAACAACAGAUUCAGAUUUCAAAAUAGAUUUCUUUACAAGUUUAUUUUUAGCAUUGCAUUGAUUACUUCUCAUCAUUAAUAAAAUAAAAGAUACAUUCAACAAUAAAAUAGUCACCGUCUGUUAGGAACUUUUGUAAAACAAUGCCAUGAAUGGAUUCUUUAUUACUUGAUAAUGUGUCUGGACAUUGCCUUUGAUUUAAACAAACAAAAAAAAGCAGCAAAACCCACAAAGGAGAAAGUAGCUGGAGUUUAAUUGAAUUUUUAAACACUCAGUAUGUAGUACAACAACUGCUAGUGGCACAGUGUUUCUCAGUUCUGUGGACAGUGAGUUUCAGCAGGAUGACUUCAGUGGUUAAGUUUCUUACACUUACUCUCCAGCAUUGUUCUUUUACCUUCUGUGUUUCUCUUUCAAAAACAGUUUUUAGGGUACUAUGGAUGGCCAUUUGUCAUUUUGGCAUUGAAUGUAAUUGCUUUUAAGUAAAAUACUGCAGGUCAUCCCAUUUAUUGAACCUGUCAGUCUAGAGUACUCUAAAAAAAAAAAUAAAUCUAACAAUUUACCCAAAAAAUCGGAAUUUCCAAGGAAAUAUAUAAAAGGAUGAAUUUUUAUGCAUGACAUAAAAUUGCUAGUAACUCUAAGUGCUUUGAAAUCUGUUGCUAGUCAGCUCUCUAUUAAGAAAGGAGGUAAAACAAUUUAACAAACAAUUUUUGUAGAGUGGGGGGUUGUGUGUACAUAUAUAUAUAUUUUUUAAAAUGUACAAGAAAUGAAGAUACUAUUUCCAAAUAGAAAUAAUAUUAACAUUAUGAAGGUUCUAGUGCAAUCCAAUCUGGAAUACUGGAAAUGCAGAAAACAUUUUUUUAUUCAGACACUGAGAAAAUGCCACAUGAGUAAAGAUUUAAAAAGCAUGGUUGGUUGACCUUAGCAAAGCAAACAUUAAAAGGCUAUUUAAUUGUAUUUAUGAAUAGACCAAAGACAGUGUUAACGUAAUGAAGGAAUGCACUGGACCAUGGAGAUAUUUUAGGCUGCAAAGUAAAAGGAAAUCUCUGGUGGUGUGAAUUUCAGCAACAGUCUUCCAACUGAAAUAGUGGUGAGUAAAAUGGAAGUUGAUUUAUAUGUAAAGGAAUUAACAAAGUAGUUCUUGGUCUUUACUUGCAGGGUUGAGCCUGUAGAUCCCUUCCAGUUAUGUGUUCCUCAACUGAAAAACUUUUUUAUCUGGAAUAAGAAUAACAAGAUUAAAAUUGAAAACUGCUGUGGAGAAAAAAAAUUAAAAAUUGCCUGUUAGUAGUAUUAAAUAGACACAUCAGUAAAAAUUAGCAUAGAUACCAAAUGGAAUUUAGAGAUGCAUUGAAGGGUAAAUGCAAAGGAGGAAGAGUGGCCAAGUAAUGCUAAAGACAAUGAAUUCUUGUGACUGAAGAUGGCUAGAUUUAACUGGUGUUUCUGUAUUUUGGGACUUCUAAGGAAGCUCUUUGAUCUUAGCUUCCUGUAUAAGUGAUUCUGAUAAAAUUUCCACUAACUUAGUCAAACUUGUGGUAUUUCAGAGGCACAGACAUAGGCUAAAUUAUAACUUGUUUUAAAACUUCAAUUUGAGUUGUACAUAUAAAGCUAUUGUUACUUCCCUUUUCAACUUGGAAAAAAAACCCCCACAAACAUUUCUUCCUCAACUAUGAGAUCAGCACAUUUUGUCUUUGUGAAAACUAAUUUAAUUAUUUCUCUACCAAUACUACAUUAUCUAUUUGAUAUUUAUAGAUUUCAGAAAUGUUUUAUUUUUUAAGCUCUUAACUUAUGGCUUCGGAUCUCAUUACUUCCAGCUCGUUUUUUACAGUGUGAUGCAUAAAUAGUAUUUAUAAAUUAAUUAACUUAGGAUAAUUCCUCCAUAGUCAGGUAACGCAAUUAAAAAUAUUACUAAAGAAAAUAAAAAACAACAUCUAAGAUGAGCCCAAAGGCAAGAGCAGAUCUUCUGAUGUAUUAAUGAGAGAACUGAAAACACUGUGACAUUAUGUAAGACAUAGACUAUGGCAAUUCCUCAACAGACUGUAUUUGACAAAAUAUUGGCAAGGUACGUCUGCCUCCUUACGUAUCUAAGUACCUAAUGAAUAAUGUAGCUCAUAAUCUUUGAGAUAGUGAUAAUGAAAUGGUAUGAAAUUAUAAAAUUGUUAAUAAUUAAGAAGUGCACUAAUGUAGAUGCUAUAAUCUCAUUCCCCUGGACCGUAUGAUCUUUUCAUGCUUAUAAUGCAGGACUUGUCAGAGGAGGAAGCCUAGCAAUAGACUGCUUACUAGACCCAUCUGUUUCUAGAAAUUUGUUUCCUUUAUGACUACCAGUUAGUUACGUGUUGAAAUCCUGGGACCUUUGGAUAUUAAAACUGAAUUUGUUCUAUAUGAUUCUUCAUUCUCAGUUAUAGUGGAGUCCAGGUAGUAUGGAAGGAUCCAUGGAUAAAUGAAAACAAGACCCACCCGAAUUAUCAUUGUAGCUCACAGAAAAGUGAAAUAAUGGGAAAUAAAAAUUUUGGUUUAAAUACUUGAAAGAAAGUUGAAUCUUUUGAAAGUUCUUAACUUGUUAAGAUACGAGCCAGAGUGUUUGUAGCAAGCAAACAUACGUCUUGUUUCUUCUGUUUGCCUUGUAGCUCUGCAACUGCAAUCCAGUCAUGUAAUUUUUGCCUCAUACCAAACCACCAAGUCUGACAUCCGUAAAACAAAGACAGCCCUCAUACUCUUUUAAACGAGCUAAUGUUUAAUUAAAUUUUUCCUCUUUAAGAAGCA